CCACAAACCGCCAACAUGUCUUUCUUCGGAAUGGGCCGCCCCAAGCUGUCUUCGGACGAGAAGAUCGCCAUGGCUGAGCAGGAGAUGCGUCUGUUGGCUGAUAUGCACAACCGCCUGACCAAGAUCUGCCAAACCAAGUGCCUCCCCGACUACCGCGAGGGAGACCUCAACAAGGGCGAGUCCGUCUGCCUCGACCGCUGCGCUGCCAAGUUCUUUGAGGCGCACAUGAAGGCGUCCGAGGUGAUGCAGAGCGAGAGCCAGAAGAGAGGCGGCGGCGGCGGCAUGGGCGGCGGCAUGUUCUAAGU